CAAAUCCGCCUGAUGCGGAGCCGAUGAAACGUCAGUUUCGUAACAAUCGCACAUUUUUCGCGUUUUCUAGUUUUUCAUCUCAGUCAGUGAAAACAUCGGAAAAAUUCAAUCUCGGAUGUUGCUAAUUUAAGUCGGAACAACGAAAUGCUUUCGCAAAGUUUCCGUCGUAAUUUGCAACUUGUACUCCGCGGUACGAGUGGUCGCCUUUCGCUAUCGACGAGAGCCCUAGCAAACCCUAGUGAUGAGUACGCGGAACAGCCACAGUACCCGGCCAUCGAGGACCUCAGUUUUCGCUCCAGAAAAAAACGAGAAGCGGCCGAAUGGCACGAACGGAUCCGACAGUUGAGUACGGUGGAGGAGAAGUUGUUCGAAAUUAAUAUGCCCAAGUACUAUGGCUACAAGGCGCAUCUUAUCACCGAUCAGAAGUUUCCGUAUAAUGUUCUUCCGCUGGCGCAGUACGCUACGAGGACUUAUCUGGAGGAGAAUUUACCGGAAACGUACCGCAAAUUGGAAGAAAGUGCCAAACAGCUGCUAGAUCAAGUGCGUGGUGAAUUGGAGGAUGUUGUUGGAUUCGAGCUGACGGGAUACAGUCGCUCAUUUGGAUCCAACGAGGAAUUAUCUCCAGUUGAAAAGGAAGAAAUAGUUACUGCAUCGCUUCUCACUGGGUUGAAUCGCAUCUUAAUCAACGGCAUGUCGAAGAAAUUCACCCAUUUGAACGAACUUGAAAUCGAUUUUGAUCCCCGACAUGAAGCGUUCUGGUUUUUAGGAGGAAUCCCACCCCCAGCUCUGGUGAAGAAUAUAAAGAAAGGGGUGGAAUGGCAGAAGCCGUACGCAAAUGAUCCAUAUGAUCGUAAGAUUCAAUACGUUGGAAAGCCGUAUUUGGCGUUGAGACAUAAACACCCCCUGGAUGCGUUUGCUCAGAAUGCAGUGGAUAAUCUGGAUGUCAAACGGGACGGUGUGAUUAUUCCGGAGUUCAGAUUCGAUCCAAUAACCUUAGGGUAUAGAACCGAGCAGCGACAUGCCACGACAAUUCCUGGCUUCUGGCCUGGGGACCAACAUGAAUUUGGAUUGGUUUCGUUCCAGCGUAGAAGUCACGCCCAGAUUCGUCCAACGUACUGCGCCGUCAAUGACCUGCAGGAGGCUCUCCAUGCACAGGGAAUAUUUUCAAGUUACGCUUGGACCUUAGGACAGGCUUGCUAUCAAGGUUUCUCCACCUUCAACGAUGUAACGUAUCCGCUGUCAACGCAAACCGUUAUAACUGACGGUAAAAUGUGGUCAUUCUAUGCGUACCAGCUAAACACCACCUUGCUGCAUUCGGAUCAAGUGGAUGCUAAUCCACGCUACAACCAGUGCUGGGGCACAAAAGAGCUUCAGCUGUACGAUCACGUGGACGAAAGCGGCAAAGUUCACGGGCUGAACGACGAAGUCCUGUUGCAUUUGAUUUCCUUCUACAUGAAUACUCCACAUCCGCGCGUGGGAGUUGACCUGAAACCCUACUUAUGCAAAACCGAAACUCGGGUGGCGGACAUCAUCGAUGAGAAACGUCGCAUCUUCAUGGAGGAAAAGUACAAGCACAUAGUAUCCAACCGGCCCCGGCACCGGCCGGAACCCGAACUGUACCAGUGGGAGAAGAUCUACAAGGUGGACAACGAUACACGCGCGCUAGAACCCAAGCGCAGACCGUUUGAACUCGGUCUGAACAUGUACCGGCGGCGAAUGGACGAACACGCGCUGAAGUAUAUUCCCCGGAAGGUUCGUCCCGAUGGGCCCAAGAGUAAGCCGAAGUUCGAGGCUACCUACUACCCGAGUGUGAGGCGAUAAGGAGGGUUUAACUGCGACUAACGAUGAUUGAAUCGUUCAAACUGCGACCAACUAUUGAAAAGAAGAAUACUAUGUUA